AUGGGGUCUAAAACGGAGCAAGAGGCGUGCAGCGCGUGUGGCGAGCUCAUCGCCGACCGGUUCCUGCUGAAGGUGAGCGACACGUCGUGGCACGCCCGCUGCCUCCGCUGCUGCGUGUGCCAGACGCCACUGGACCACCAGCCGUCCUGCUUCGUGCGCCACGGGAGCGUCUACUGCAGGCCAGACUACGUCCGGCAGUUCGCGGCCAAGUGCGCCAAGUGCGGCCGCGCCAUCGGUGCCUCGGACUGGGUGCGGCGGGCACGGGAGCAGGUGUACCACCUGGCCUGCUUCGCCUGCGACGCCUGCAAGAGGCAGCUGUCCACGGGAGAGGAGUUCGCCCUGCACGACGGACGCGUCCUCUGCAAGACCCACUACUUCGAGCUCCUCGACUGCGGCUCCGGCUCCAACGAUGAGAACAGCGAGCAGGAGUGCGGCUCCGGCGGGUCCGGAGGCUCGGGCGCCAAGGCCAAGACGAAGCGCGUGCGCACCACCUUCACCGAGGAGCAGCUGCAGGUGCUCCAGGCCAACUUCAACCUGGACUCGAACCCGGACGGCCAGGACCUCGAGCGUAUCGCCCAGAUCACGGGCCUGAGCAAGCGCGUCACCCAGGUCUGGUUCCAGAAUUCCAGAGCGCGACAGAAGAAAUACUUCAACAACCAGGCCAAGAAGGUGAACCCGGCUAACAGCGCAUCGGUGGGAGCAGCGUGUCCAGGCUGCGGCAUGCUGUACUGCCUCUGCGCCCACCCUAGCCUCGGACUCAGUAUGGGCCAGGUGGCGUGA